UGCAGUCAAAUUGGGACUUUGGAGAGGGUGGUAGCAAUCUAAAAAGGUAAAAAUUCUCAUCGAGACUUCUUCCUCCAGAUGCAAUGGCUGACAAUGAGAUAUUUGAUGACCCAGAGAAGCUGAAGAGAGGUCUAAUAAAGGUUCUAGAAUGCGUGGCCAGAAUCCCAUCUUUGGCGUGGCCGGGUCUCUCAUCCGUGUGGUGCUGCACCAUGUGGACGAUGAAGAUCUCCAGAUACUCAAACAUGAGUUCCGAAGCGUGAAUCGAGCCCUGGAUGAUAUUUCACAACAGAACCGUCAAACCUUGCAGCAGAUCAGGAAGGAGACGAUUGACAAACAGUACGGCCAGAUCGAAGAAAACCUUCGCAACCAGUUCCGCAAAUUCAUGGAGAUCGUGGAAGCCAAGCCCGAGCACCUGCAGCGCAAGAAGGACGAUUUCGUAGAGAGAUACAUGAAUGACAACGAAGACCAAAACAUGCACACGCUUUGGGAUGGCGUGAUGGGGAAACGCAAACACAUCAGCCGGCCCAUUCUAGAAGUGUAUAUGAAGCAUUCUGAGGGUGACCGGAGUGUCAUGGAGAACCUCUGCACCCGACUCGCCUACCUGUUCUGCAUUGGUUUCAUCGCGAUGAUGGGCUACUAUGCCUUCAUAGAAGAUGAUGUGGAGGCUCGGAGUGGGAAGAUAAGAUGAAAAACGUGCAGGAGAAGAUGCAGGAAGCGCUGAGGAGGUGCAUAUGAUUUAUUACGCACAACCAAUGCCUUAAACAACUUCUUGGUUGCUCUCUUGUAUGCAUGUCUUGCUUUCCGUUUCCACUUUAACAGACCUUUUCACCAUCAACCUGAACCAUCUAAUGCAAUUUUGUCCUCGAUGACUGCAGGUUUUGCUGACGUACACUGUACGCAUAGUGAUGGGCCUUUUUUUCUGUAAUCUACUUUUUCCAAUCACAGGUUUAUGCUGGCUCAGUUUAUCAUUAUAGGACAAACUGUAACACUAUUAAAAGAUAAACUACUGUACAGUAUAAUCUACAGCAAGAGCAAAGAUAAACCGCAUAAGAAGUUGGGUUUUCA